ACUCCAAGGAUUCCCCAACCAGCGUUGAGUAGGCGAACUGUGUGUGUGAACCGUGGAAAGAGCUAGAGAGAUGGGAAGAGGCGAGAUGGGCGACGGCGGCGAGGCAUUCGAGGAGGCGAGGGGGAAGGAGCGGGAGUGGGAGGAGGCGGCGGAGGCGGUGGCGUACGACUCGUGCACCUGGCCACCGCCGGUGGUGGUGGUGUGCGGCCCCGGCAACUGCGGCAAGUCUGCAUUCUCCCGUCUCCUCCUCAACACCCUCCUCGAAAGGUAUCAGACGGUGGCAUACUUGGAUACUGAUGUUGGUCAGCCUGAGUUCACACCUCCAGGAUUUGUGUCACUUCAUGUAAUUGAGGAACCAGCUAAAGAUUUUACGAUGCUAUAUCUACGUUCUCCAAAGAGGUGCUUCUUUUUUGGUGAUGUAUGUGCACACAAGAACCCAAAACUUCUCUUGAGCUGUACAUUUGGCCUUUAUGACUAUUUUCUUAAGGAACUCUAUCGCUUUAAUGAGGUCGAUAACCCUCUCAAAUCAGCUAUACCACUUGUUAUUAACACUUCGGGAUGGGUGAAAGGUAUUGGACUUCAUGUACUGUCAGAAAUAUUGAGAUAUGUAUCCCCAACUGAUGUUGUUCAGCUACGCACCACAAUAGAGCGUAAAAAUUUACCAACUGGUGCAUUUUGGCUGAAUGUACAUGAAGGAGAUUCACCAGUUAAUCUAGUUGAAAUCCAUGGAUCGCAUAACCCUCCCCCUCAUCUGUUAGCGAAGAAAGAAGCCCGAAUGAUUCGUGAUCUUAGGUUGAUUGCUUACUUCAGGCAGUGCUUGCCAAAGGAUUUUCCUAUUUUCUCUCGUGAUGAUUUAGUUAAGGGCUUUGCUUCCAUACAACCCUUUCAGCUUCCUCUUUCAAAAAUACAGGUCAUUGAUCUACACUACCAGGUUUCUGGUGAUGCUGCAUACAAAUUCUUGGUUGGUACUAUCGUUGGUAUUGGAUUAAGUACAUCUGUUCCUUCGUCAACUGAAUGCUCCACCCCUUGGUGCAUUGGACUUGGUUACAUCAAGGCUAUUGAUAUUCCAGGAGACUGCAUUCAUUUGAUGACACCUGUCUCUCUUCAUCAUCUGGAAAAUGUCGAUAUCAUGUUUCGAAGUUGUAUGGCAGUUCCUAGCUGCUUCUUGCAGGUGUCGGACAUAGUGGACGGUAUAACUGACAGGCUGAGGGAGCUCUAGAGUGCUGUUGAUGUCUACAGUUAGUAUGAUCGCAAGAGAAGACAAGUAGACAACAACACCUCGGUCACUUGCCAUGAACAAACAACCUGGAGAGAGAUAAAUCACUGGAAAGUUAACAUUUAGUACGAAUUGUGAACUUCGUAGCAAUUAAUUAAUGUUCUUACUGAACACUGGUCCUUAGAAACCUUAUUUGAUUACAGAAACUGUUCUCUUCGACAAAGAAUGAUCAUAUCAACAACUAUUAGUUCAAAUUCAAAACAUAUUAAUUCACAAAGAAUCACCAUA